AUGGUCGAUUGUUGCAUUGGCGUUUCUGGUUAUGCGUUAGAUAGACAUCGCCGUGUUCUCGUAUUCGCUCAUUUUACGUCCAUUUACAUUUGUUCUCAUGCGUAA